AUGAAGAAAUCUGCUGAGAUAAUCGCUUCCAAUGAAGACCUCUUAACCCGAAUCCUUCUUCCUCUGCCCAUAAAAUCUCUAUUCCGAUUCAAAUGUGUCUCGACCCAAUGGCUCGGUCUCAUUUCCAGCCAUUACUUUUCCAAAAGCCACGCCCUUCAAAACCCAAAUCCUUCAACUUCUGGGCUCAUCUUGCACCAUUAUCCACAGCUAACAUUGAUCUCCCUCACCGAAAAUCGCCAUUUCGGGCAGAGCUUCGGGCCUCUUCCCGUGUUCGAUUUCCUGAAAGUCCCGCCUUGUUUCACCUACGUAACAAUUCUGAGCUCGUGUAACGGUUUACUGUUAUGCCUCUUGGCCGCACCCCCACAAAAUAAUGUCGACCUUAUUUACGUAGUCUGCAACCCCACAACCAAAAAAUCGAACCCUCUCCCUCGACUCGAAAAUCUCGCGAAAAAGCCCAUAGUCAACAUGGAUUUAGCCUUCAACCCCCGAGACUCGCCGAAUUACAAAGUCAUCUGCAUCCGCCACUGUAGCCCGCCCGUCGGGCCAGAUUUUGAAAUCCAGGUCUUCUUGUCUGAGACGGGCUCCUGGAAGACCUGUAAGGGCCCGUUCUUAAGUUUUCGGGCCGGGAUGCUUUUCCAGGGUGGAGUUUAUUGGAACAAACGGGUCCACUACUUCGACUCGGAGGAUGAUGACUCGUUGUAUUUCGACGUCGAGAGUGAAACCGUAAACUCGCUACAAAUGCCACCCGUGCAGAGCGAGGUCGUAACCACGAAAAGAUCAUGGUACAUGGGGGAAUCCGGUGGAUACUUGCACUUGGUGGAUAUAGAAACGAACGUCACUCGGGACUCGUCGAUCGUUAUAUAUGAGCUCUUGGACGAUGGUUCCGGGUGGGUAAUGUUGUUCCGGGUCGGGCUUUCUGCACUGCAAUCAACGUUCCCCGAGAUGGUACAAUACAUCGAUGCAUGCUCGGUUCUGGAGGGGAUUUACGAGGGGUUUAAGGUUGGAAGGUACUACACUUGCUCAGUUUUGGGUUUGGUUCGGAAAGAAGGUGGUCGUGGGCUUGAGUUGAUUUUGUCGGUUCCGAAUAGGAUUGGGUGUUAUGAUCCGGCAACCGGCGCCUGGAGAGUGGCGGCGUAUUUCGCGGAUGACAGGGAUAGGUGGGGGUAUAAUUGGCAUAAUGUUGUUUGUCAUGCUGAUACACUAUCACCUGUUUGA